CUCGUCUCGGAAAACGCCAGGAUACUCCAUUGGGACGGGCCCAGACCAUGAUGCGAAUAUUAUUAUUUCUCGAGAAACAAGACAUCAUAGGUCAGUUACCUUGACCGGACGAAUCUUUCGUAUCACCUCCAAGGGCUGGGGCUAUGAACGAUAGGCCGGGCCUAUGGUUUGCUUCUUUUUGGAAUCCCGGAAUAGUGUUCUUGCACUCAGCCACUAUCGACAGUGUCGCAAGACCUUCCCCUACUGAGACUGGCGUUACAUGUAAUGUUCGAGGGCAUCAGGCUCUACUGUGUCAAGAAUGACGCGUAUCGCUGGUCGUGCAGAUAUUUUGUAUAAAACCAGGCCCCAUCCCAAUGUUGGUCGAAGUUGAAGAGAAACAGUUGUUGGCAUCGCUUUGGGUGCUUUUCAAAAUAACAUCAUGGAUGACACCGCUGCUUCAAUUACAGCUACGGCGCCCUCGAGGGUGGACGAUGGCGAGAUGGUUCUUGCGCAUCGCCCCUUCGAUAUCCUCGCAUUUCUAGCUCUAGCAUUUCGUAGGAUGGACGAUAUAGCAAAAGAUGCGUUACAACAGUAUCUGUCGAGGAUCUUCUUGGAUGAUGAACUUCUCUCGUACGCCAGUAGCGGAGGGUCGGGGGGCUCCUUCUCCGUCAGUGUCAUCAGAUCGAAAGACAUCGAGGACAUACAAAUCCGGAAGCAACAACAAGGUUCCAGAGGUAUACUACCAGAGUCAGUCGCAGUAAGAGUUGCGAAGUUAGCCGAAUCAGUUGAGCUUCGUCAGACUCAAAAGAUGCUUUAUUCCAUGGCUAAAGAAAUCGCAGUUCUAACGAACGACGACAUACGAGCAUGUAAUAAUAUCGUUCGACUGCUUGGAGCAUGCUGGAGCUACUCGAAUCCGGAGAAGUCAGUACUUCUUCCUGUGCUUGUCUAUGAAGCCGCGCCCCUCGGUGAUCUUGAUAAGUUUCUGGACUCACAUAAAAGACUUCCCCUUGGCCACCAGUUGCAGCUAUGCAUUGAUAUAGCAACGGGCGUUGAGAAGCUCCAUCGGGUGGGCGUUGUGCACUGCGACAUCAAGCCAAAGAACAUCCUGGUGUUUCCCACCAAUGAUGUACAACGCCCAUACCGAGCGAAAAUUGCGGACUUCGGGUGUGCAAUUUUGCUUGACGACGUAGACUCGUCAAGUAUCCCGCCACAGGGAACGAGAUUCUGGAAUCCACCUGAGCAGCUGGACUUGAAAAACGUCGCAAAGGAAGACCUGCACAAGAUCGACGUAUUCUCUCUAGGUCUAGUUCUCCUGGGAAUAUUGACGUCGGAUCAGUCAACGCGUGCGCUGACUUACAUCCAAAGUCAGAAGAGCAAUGGCCCCCCAGUUGCGAACACGUCCAUGGGACUCGAUUAUUUCAAACGAUGGGGGAGUCUUUCGUUGAGCGCCGUCAUGAUUCUGGAAAGAUUCUCCAACCUCACCGUCACGCAGCGAUCUUCAGUCAAAGAACCUGGGACGUCUUACUUUCCACCCCACUUACUUGAUGACGAAACAUUGACAAACUAUUCGACAAGGUGGAAUGAGCAAGCGGCCUCGAUCGUGUUUCAGGCACUGCAAGGAGAUAUAUCGAGGAGAAGUGUUUCGGUACGCAAGAUCGUAUGUGUGCUAGAAGGCAUCAAUACAUCUGUGGAAAUACACGGGCAGCGGGAUCACAUUCGUGUAGACCUUGGCCAAGUAGUUUCAUCCGAGAGUACCACCGUGCAGACUACGUUUGUUAUGGAGGUAACAAUGGCAAGAGCAUGGCCGUUCAUAGUGAAAGAAGAUUCUCAAUACGUCGCGUUACCCCAAAGCUUCCCGUGGAAUCUCAGUCGUCGCAUGAAUCAGGACUAUACUCUUCCUAGAAUACGAGUCGCCUCAUCAGCAUUGAAAGAGACGGAUUGGGAGGACUUCAUAUUCGGGGCUUCGUGGGACGACCUCGUAUGCGGUACUUCGAGAGACAACAAACAGUAUGUUCAGUUGACCCUGCAGAGGCAUAUUGACGACGUUGUGAAGUUAACGAAUUAUCUGGCGAACAUGACCAUCCUUCCUGGGCCACUUCUAGACUACGUGAUGCGUAGUCUGGGUGAGGUGUCGGACGACAUUCGCGAGCCUAUGGAAAGGAGGACCAUCGCAGCCUACGAAUUAGCACUUGGUCUUAUUGCCUUUGUUAUCGUUGAAGACGACGACGAGGAGCAGAGCGAAGAAGUUUCCCGUGCCCUCCAGCUGUUAAAGUUUGCGGUACAGAAUGGCCACGAGGAAGCACAGUGGACAGUGGGCUGGAUGUACACGACGUUCAACCAGCAAUAUCCCGAUGACGAUACUGAAUGGCUUGUUAAUGGCAUGAUCUCUGGCAGCCGUAUAGCGUCGCGAAGACUCCAAGUCGUCAAUCCAGAGCGCUUCGAUCAAACUCGUCAGAUCAUCUGUGACGAAUAUCAAGGGAUUGGGAAAGGAUGGCACAUCGAACCGGAAUGGCUCGUCGACAAUGCUCAAUGGUUCGGCCAACCGAUACCCGAUAGUAACCAUAUUGUGCUCGCUGCUUCGGCGGGCGACCUAGAUCGCGUCAAGGACCUCAUCGCAAAUGGCUGCGAUAUCGAUUCGCGUGAUGGCAUGCAGGAAACCCCUCUAAUUGCUGCAUGCAGAGCCGGACAAUACAAAAUGGUAGUAUGCCUCGUGGCAGCCGGUGCCGACGUUACACUCGUAUCAAAGGAGAACAUAUCUGCCUUGCAUUUCCUCAGUAGUUUCAAUCAUCAGGAUAUCCCAUUCAUUGGCUUGCUACUUCGCGCACUUGGGUGUCCCCUCGAGUCCCAUUCGACGGGACAUACCAACUUGAACAAUGGAUAUACCGGAGCAGAUAGAUUUUACGGAAUCUGCGACGGCACACCUCUCUUGUGGGCCGUCGCUGCAGGCUGUCUCCCUGCUGUAAAAGUACUGUUGGGACUUGGAGCAGAUCCUUUCGAUGUUGCAGGGGGCGCGAAGGAUUUGCAACACAGUCCUGUGAAUUGGGCCUCCCAGAUGCACCAGAUAGAGAUCUUGGAGCUAUUACUGGACACUGAAUAUGCCGACCUGUCGCUACUCAACACCAGUUUCCGCAUGAACAAUGUUGGAAAUCCCGUACAUGCGUUACCGUUAGCACCGGCCGCUAGCUAUUCCGGAGGACUGGUGUUCUAUCGUAUACAAUUGCACAAUAACAAGCAUCGAGAGAACUGCCGGCGAACGAUAGAGCUCCUCCUUUCAAAAGGCGCCGAUCCGCAACGUGUCAAUAGUAGAAACAUGACAGCCUUCCACUAUGCAGGUACACUUGGUCAACCAUAUGCUCUACAUGCCUUGUUCGGAUGGCAAGGAUCUACCCUAAGACCAGAUAUCAAACAAUGGACUGGGAUAUUGAUCAAUGCGGCAGCCCACAACAGUAAGCAUCUCUUCAACGAGCUACUCAAAGUUGAUGUACAAACGAAUGAGGAAUACUCGUGGCCCAUGAUCAUCUCCGAGCUAGCAGGGCAAGUCGAUGCCAAAUACUAUCUCAACGCCUUGAUCACCCAUCACGAAGCUCUCUGCACAACAGCAAUCGAUCUUUCUCAAGCGUUCGAGAAUGCACUGAUCAACAACCAUUUCGAUAAUGCGAGGAUCAUAUUCGAAAGGGCGAGCAGGUGCGAUAUCGUGGCCACUCGCCACGAUUCGACAACUGGUUCCUCACAGACGCUGCUUGGUAGAUUGAUGCGCAGAGCACUUUUGUACCCAUCUAAUCUUGCCCAGGUCAAGGCUUUUCUCAAACUCACCGGCGGACGUGAUGUUCUCUUCGCCUCUUGUUGGAAUACGGACGCCGGUGAAUAUAAUGCGCUGCAGGUAGCUGUGGCGUACACACCUCAUGGAAAGACAAGGACAAUCACAACGGGCCUGCUCGAGACCAUACUGGCAUACUUCAAACAUCCGGUGAAACACCUCAAUACGACUCAGGGGGAGAAGAAGAAAUCACUUCUCCACCUGGCCGUCCGUUUCGGUAAUGCUCAGGCGGUAGAGAUGCUACUGAAUCUAGACGGACUCGACUUGAGUGUCCGUGACACAGAGGGAGGGACCGCGUUUGAUCGGGCGCUGAACAGAUUACAAGAUACCUCGCGAGAAAAGGAAUUGGCUUUGUGGGAAGUUCCGGAGAGCGAGCUCGAGAAGGCCAGAGAGGAUUGGGACGACCAUACGAGAACGAUAAUCCUCGUCAUGGAAGCGAAGGGGGCUUCCAUGUUUUCAACCUAUUCUCAUGUCUUCAAGCGAUUGACUACGGACAGAGUGCGUCGCUGGAUGGUCUUUCCAGACGAUGGGAGGAUUGAGGUAACAGACUUCAGUGUAUCCAAUUUCGAGAGGGGACCGCUGCUUGACAGGUGUGCCGCACUUCCUAUUGGACGCUGCUUCUACCUAUGUGUUUAUCAGGAUCCUAGUUCGUUGUCCAUGUUUGCUGGCGCAAUCACUGAUCCAAAUGAUCCCGAUGCACUUCGCCUUAGUGACAUUUUGCCUGCAAUGCAAGAGGGAGGAACAUAG